ACUCAACCUAUUAUCAUUACGAUAAACUGCAAAUUUCUUACGUUUUCACGUUUCAUCUAGUCACUGAUGUGUCACGUACGAGCCAAACAUUUAACACUGAUAAAAAAAUCUGUUGCUAAAUUUAUCUCGACGUAUAUACACAACUACAUAUAAAAAUUCAAAUAUACGAACUUCAAAUAUUCUUGAUUGGACUGAUGGUACUGCCGACUAAUAUGAUAUGAGUGCAACUAACUUUAGAAUAUCUUUUUGCCUUUUAGGUGACGUGCUAGUUCACUGUUCACUACCAAUAACCAGAGCCAGCCAUAAAUAGCUUCUUUCAGGUCUUCAACAACAUCAAACUUCCAACUUCCACAACAAAAUAUGGAGAACUGGAAGAUGUCAAAAUUCCUCCUCUUUCAGUUCCAAUUCUUACUACUUUCCUUUCAUUCCAAGGCUUAUUUCCCUUUUGGGCAAGAUUUCAAUGAAGGGAAAAACUAUGAAGGUUCUUCUAACCUUGUAGACCUUCAGUAUCACAUGGGUCCUGUUCUUGCAAAUCCAAUCAACCUUUACAUCAUUUGGUAUGGCCAUUGGAACCCUUCUCAUCAAUCCACAAUCAGAGACUUCAUUUACUCCUUCUCCCCUGCCACCACCGCCCCACAUCCUUCCGUCGCCGAUUGGUGGCAAGUUGUCCGCCUCUACACCGACCAAACGAAUUCCAACAUCACCGGAAGCAUUUCCCUCUCCGGCGAAUUCUUCGACAACAGAUACACUCACGGCAAGUUCCUCACCCGUUUAUCAAUGCAAUCCGUCAUCAAGACAGCAUUGUACGGUUCGAAUUCCAACCGCAACAGCAACAAUUUACCGCUGAAUUUCCGAAAUGGGCUCUACCUAAUUCUCACAUCUCAUGAUGUUUCUGUUCAGGACUUUUGUCGAGCAGUUUGUGGGUUCCAUUAUUUCACAUUCCCUUCGGUUGUCGGGGUCACCGUGCCUUACGCGUGGGUGGGGUACAGCGGGACCCAGUGUCCCGGAAUGUGCGCUUACCCUUUUGCCUGGCCGAAUUAUUCCGGCAAGCCGCCGCCGGGAGGGAACGGAGGAAGGGACGAUUUGAUGGGUCCGCCGAACGGGGACCCGGGAGUGGACGGGAUGAUCAGUGUGAUUGCUCAUGAGUUGGCGGAGGUUUCGAGUAACCCGCUGGUGAAUGCGUGGUACGCCGGAGAUGACCCGACGGCGCCGACGGAGAUAGCGGACUUGUGUCUGGGGGUUUACGGGACCGGCGGCGGGGGAGGAUUCGUGGGAGUUGUGUCGAAGGAUGGAUGGGGGAAUGGGUAUAAUGUGAAUGGGAUAAAUGGCCGAAGAUUUCUUGUGCAGUGGGUUUGGAAUCCUGCCAGGAAUCGAUGCUUUGGUCCAAAUGCUCUCGAUUAAUUUCUUUUAACUUUUCGUAUUUGUAGAUAUUAUGGUUGUAUUUAUUUUCAUAUAAGCAAUAAUAAGUUUUUUUUUUUUUUCCCUUUCAAUUGGGAAAAAUUCCACCAAUAAUUUGUAAUGUUAUUACACAUACUACUACAAUAUUCAAAGCAACUAACGGUAUUUGUAGGCGGCUCAGCUAAACUGUUAUGGUAAUUUGUUCACAAUAAAAAUUCAGAAUCAUGUUUUAUAAAAUUCUUAUUAUUGGUGUAGAG